ACCCCAAUCCAUGCGGAUAUCCUUCAGUCGGUCUGGCGAAGCCGCACGGACGCAAUGCCGCGGGCGCCGUGCCUCGCACGCUGCUUACCGCCGCCCACAGCGGAGCCUUUCGGUUCGCCGAACGUACCCGAUGACUCCGUCGGACGCAGCGAAGAGCUUCGGCACGUGCCAACGCACCCACAAGGAUUUGGAUGAAGAGCGCGAGGACAGCAAGGAGGAAGAGGGGCGGAAGCUGAGCAUCAAACGUCGGCUGCGUGGAACGUUCGUCAAAAGCCCCCCUCUGUCCCAGUCGGUGAUGGUACUGUCGCCCGGGAUGGACUUGUCCGACAGUUCCAGCAGCGGGGAGCGUCCCCUGGAUAUGUGCGAGGAGGCCACGGAGGAGCUGGAGCAGCGGGACGCCGCCGGGAGCUCGUCCAAGCUCUGGGAGACGCCGCGCUGGAUCCUCUCCCUGCGCCAAGACCUGUCCGAGAGGAGCAGCCUGGAACUCGAGGAGCGGAGGACACCGUCGGCAGACGACGCCUUCUCCAUCGCCUACGUGAGGGAAACGUUAUUCAAGUUCGAGCGCGUCGACGACUGUCUGAAGGACGGCCACCACGAGUACCUCAAGCUGGUCCGCUGGAAGCACCCUGUUCGCUCCAUGCUCUUCUUCCUGGUGACGCUGCACUCUCUCUGGAGCGACUACCUGCUCCCGCUGUUGCUUCUUUCGGCCAUCGGCUGUCUCGUCCAGAGCUUCUUCAUGCACAGCUCAGCCUACGCGGGGAACACGACCGAGAAUGACGAAGGCAAACUGACGAUCGUCGACAGUGUUUCCAAGAUGUUGAAGCUGGACAUGCGCGUGUCGAAAAGUUUUCAGGAAGCAUCUGACGUAUUCGACAAGAUCGUCAGUCUGGCGACUUGGCGGAAUCCCAAGAUCACGCUGUGCCUGCUGGCCUUCCUUCUCGCCACGUUCUUCGUCGCCGAAGUCGUGGGCUCUGCUGGUGCCUUCCGCAUUUUAGGCACGCUGCUGCUGGUCAAGGCCUUCCUGGUGGACCACGCGUUCAGCCGAUUCCCGCGCCUGGCCGCCAAGUACGACCUGCUGAGCGACGCCUGGGCCGCGCUGCCCGUCCGCCCCGGCACGUCUGCCAAGUGCCGGGGCAAGGAGCGCCUCGCGCAGAUCUCCCGCUGAGCCGUCGCCGGGAGGACCUCGUCGGCUGGCUCCUUGACGGCACCACCGAGGCCGACGCCCCAGCGGAAAGCAGCACGCGAGAGUUUUCGUCCCACUUCAAGUCCAUCAGCCCGCCAC